AAAGAAUAAAAAAAGAAAAAAAGAAGAAAAAUCAAGAGAGGAAACUGAAGUACAUAGACAAAGGCUAAGCUCUGUUUCUCUCUUCUUCUUCUUCUGCUGCAUCCUCUGCUCUUCUUCUGGCUGCUCCCCUGUACUUGAAAUCGAGUGACCAUUUCAUUUUCCCUUUUGUUUCGCUCCAUAGAUCUCCGGUUUCCCAAUCGGCGUACCCUAGACUCCGAUUCUCCCACAUUUUGUUUUCCCAAUUUGUUUUUUGGGGUUCCGAUGACCCUAGAUGCUUCCUGACCCUUCUUCUCCGGCGACCUCUCUCGCCCUUCAUGGACCUCCACAUGUACGAUGCCUGAGCUCCGUGGCAAGCCUCGCAGGAGCCGGGUAUCCGACCACCCAGUCCCGAUUGCCCACCAAACUCCCGUUAAGCUAACUGUCAGAACACGCCACCCAGCGCCGCCCGCCAAACGCAGCGGAGGGAAGAGUAUCAGGAAGGGCAAAGACGCGAUCGAUGCCGACGGUCACAGGGAUGUUCUAAAACCUGGAAUCGCUCUUGAAACGAGGCUGCGUAGGAGUAAGGAAGAAGUAGGGAAGGACAAGGGCCAACAGGUUGGUGCUACAGCCAUGGAUGAGUACGAUAGCGGCGGACGGAACGGCGAUAAGGCUCCUGUGGCCGAGGAUGAAGCCACAACCACUCCUCUUCCGGAGAAGGUUCAGGUUGGUGGUUCUCCAUUAUAUAAAGUUGAAAGAAAACUGGGAAAAGGAGGUUUUGGACAGGUGUAUGUAGGCCGACGCAUGGGUCCCAUGAGUUUAAAUGAAAGAUCUGGCCCUGGAGCCGUGGAGGUAGCCUUAAAAUUUGAGCAUAGAAGUAGUAAAGGGUGCAACUACGGGCCUCCUUACGAGUGGCAGGUUUACAACGCAUUAGGUGGUAGCCAUGGUGUGCCACGAGUUCAUUACAAGGGUCGGCAAGGUGACUACUAUGUCAUGGUUAUGGACAUGCUUGGACCUAGUCUCUGGGAUGUCUGGAAUAACAAUUCUCACACGAUGUCCAUUGAAAUGGUAGCAUGUAUCGCAAUUGAGGCAAUCUCCAUAUUGGAGAAGAUGCAUUCUAGAGGGUAUGUGCAUGGCGACGUGAAGCCUGAAAACUUUUUACUUGGUCCUCCUGGGACCCCGGAAGAGAAGAAGUUGUUUCUUGUAGAUCUUGGUCUAGCAACCAAGUGGCGAGAUAGUGCUGGUCUGCAUGUUGAGUAUGAUCAACGACCAGAUGUUUUUCGGGGGACGGUCCGGUAUGCUAGUGUGCAUGCACAUCUUGGCAGAACUGCUAGUCGAAGAGAUGACUUAGAAUCGCUUGCUUACACUCUUGUUUUUCUCCUUCGUGGUCGGCUGCCUUGGCAAGGAUAUCAGGGAGAAAAUAAAGGAUUUCUUGUGUCAAAGAAGAAGAUGGCUACUUCCUCUGAAACAUUGUGCUGUUUUUGCCCUCAGCCUUUUAGACAGUUUGUCGAGUAUGUUGUGAAUUUGAAAUUUGACGAAGAGCCCAACUAUGCAAGAUAUAUCUCUCUCUUUGAUGGGAUUGUGGGUCCCAAUCCAGAUAUACGUCCAAUAAACACAGAUGGUGCACAGAAACUUAUAUUUCAGGUUGGGCAUAAGAGAGGAAGGCUAUCCAUGGAGGAUGAAGAUGAUGAACAACCAAAGAAGAAGGUUCGAAUGGGGAUGCCUGCAACUCAAUGGAUUAGUGUUUAUAAUGCCCGUAGACCAAUGAAACAAAGAUACCACUAUAACGUUGCUGAUAUGAGGCUCUCUCAGCACAUUGAGAAAGGAAAUGAAGAUGGUUUAUUUAUUAGUUGUGUUGCUUCAUGUUCGAACCUUUGGGCCCUUAUUAUGGAUGCUGGAACUGGGUUUACUGCUCAAGUUUAUGAACUCUCACCAUGCUUUCUUCACAAGGAGUGGAUCAUGGAACAGUGGGAGAAAAACUAUUACAUCAGUGCAAUAGCAGGAGCUAAUAAUGGGAGCUCAUUGGUAGUAAUGUCCAAAGGGACCCAGUACCUCCAGCAAUCUUAUAAAGUCAGUGAUUCAUUUCCCUUCAAGUGGAUAAAUAAGAAAUGGAGGGAGGGAUUUUAUGUUACUGCCAUGGCCACUGCCGGCAGUAGAUGGGCAAUUGUUAUGUCUCGCGGUGCUGGAUUUUCUGACCAGGUUGUGGAGCUAGAUUUCCUGUAUCCUAGUGAAGGUAUUCAUCGCAGGUGGGAUGGUGGUUACCGCAUCACAUCAACUGCUGCAACUUUGGACCAGGCUGCUUUCGUUCUAAGUGUGCCAAGAAGAAAGCCAGCUGAUGAAACUCAAGAAACACUUCGGACAUCUGCCUUUCCUAGUACACAUGUCAAGGAUAAAUGGGCAAAGAACCUUUAUAUUGCAUCUAUUUGCUACGGCCGAACUGUUUCAUGAACUACUCCCUAAAUUGAUGCCUCUUAGAGCCUGCAAUUUUUAACAGAUGAUGCUUCUUUGGGCGGAAUUUUUAAGACCAACGAUUGACUGGCUAAUGGAGUUGAUGUAGCUAAACUGUUCAUUAACGUCGGCACCGUGUAGCAUCAGAUACAGACACCUAUGCUCUGGCUUUCAUUCAUGUUAUUCAAGUAUGAGCUAAAUUUAGAUCUUUCGUGUCCCUGGGGUUUGGGUAAUAUUUACCAAAUUGUUAAAGGUUUUGUAUAGUCUUGAGCACUAGUUCUUGGUUGAAGGCAUGUGCAUAGGUGAUCUUUUCUGGGUGCUGAGGGAAUGUGAAAGUUAUGAUUAUCAAGCAUCAGUGGGCUCUGGAUAUUCAUAUCCCUUUUUGAUUGUACUUAGAUCCUUAUCUCUCACCUUUUUGGAACUGAGGAUACUCUAAAUGUCUGAACCUGGAAGAUAUCAAUUUUACACCUGGAAGCGACACUUUUUAGUGGAUCUUCUAUCUAUAAUCAUUAGUUAACUGAUGACUUUA